CAGAAAAGAUGGGAAUGAUGGACUCGCUGUGGGCAAAACAAACGUGCAGAUAAAGGAACACAUGCGCAGUGUAGUAGGUUCGACCGAGAGAGGGGUGUUUUCAGGGGGUGGAAAUUAUGGAGCGGUGGUAGGGGCGGGAAUGGUGGAUGACUUGUGGGCGAAAAGGAUCUGCCAGAACAAGGAGAUUUGUGUCUGUUCGCCGCCACGGAAAACCGCUUGACGCAAGGGAUGUUUUCAAAAACGGACGGUUUGAAGGUUUGAAACAUUUCACGUGAAAUGUUUCACACGUUGCUUUUCCGCGUGGAUUUUGUAGGCUUUUUUAAUUGAAUGGUUUUGUAAACAUUUUUAAACAAUUUUACUCAUCUUUUUUUAAUGAUUUCAGUGAAGAAUACGUAUUUUGGCUGAAUAUCAAAUGCUUCGCAUCUUCUGAUUGUGAUUUCUAAUAGAAAAGGACACUCGUGAUGUGUUGACCUGGAUGGUCUCUCUCAGCCUGUUAAUCAUAAUUUCUAAUUAUACACAUUAAUUUAAUGGACCUGCUAAAAGUUUUCAGAAUCGUUUAAGUGCCUUUUAGGCAUUUGCUUAAGUAGUAAUUUCUGUAUAAAAGUACGACUAGAUUCGUAUAUUUUCACCACUUAGUAAGCUUGAACCAUUGUCGCCAGAUGUCUCGGAUCGUAUGGAUUAGUGCUCUACUGCUUAUCACACCACUACUAGCAGCUCCGCAGUAUAGAAAGCCCUUUCUACAACGACUCAUUGAAGAUGGGUUUGCAUCAUCGGAAACGAACGUCGUGUACUUCAUUUACUCUAAAACCGUCAACGCUGGACUCUUUGGGGGAAGUUAUCCAAGGGUUCUUAUCGCCGGCUUGGAGGGCGAAUCGAAGCGGAUCAAAGGCCAGAAUCAGCAGUUUAACAUUGCCGCCCAGUCGUUGGUCGUUAUCGAUGCACGUAACGAACCGAAGCAUAACAACAGGUGCUUGAUCUACUUGAUAAAGGAGUUACAGCGUGUCCGCAAUCCUGGAAGCAACAAAUUUGUGCUGUUGGUCGAUAAAUCCUUCCAGGAGCGUCUUAGCUUGCAGCACCUACGGGACGCACUGCUCAACCUCGGUAUAGGCUAUGCGGUGGUUUUACCCUACGAUCAAGUUAACUCCCCGCAUGAGCCUAGACGCUUAAUUCGCAUCAGUUUCACACAGCAGCUCACUGCGAGUACGACGAAAUUCCCAAACGUGCGACGUCUGUUCCGCUUGGACGGCCAAUCGCUCGAUGGGAUGCGCGUUUCCGGCGCAUUGUUUUAAUUCUUCCCCUUCAGCUACAUCACGCCGAGCCGACAAUGGGCCGGUACGGAUUACUAUCUGUGGAGCUUAAUCUCGACACA